AUGGCAGGACCUCCACCUCCGCCUCCUCCACCACCUCCUCCUUUGGCAUUUGGAUCACUUUCCAGUCAAUCGACGUCAGCUCCGGCCCCCGUAGGACCCCCACCUGGAGCUGGUGGUGGCAGAGAUGCUUUACUUGGCGAUAUUCGGAAAGGAAUGAAACUGAAAAAGGCUGUAACAAAUGAUAGAAGUGCUCCUCAGACAGGUGGAAGAGUUGUAUCGAGUUCAUCAGGAGGAUCUGGUGGACCAAGCUCAAGAUCACGAGGUGGUGCUCCACCAGUGCCGACGAAUGCUGGUCGUGCUCCCCCAAUUCCACCCUCUUCUGCUCCUUCUGCCCCAUCAAUGGAUGAUGACGAACCUCCAGCCGGUCCUCCUCAAUUGGCUGGAUUAUUUGCUGGUGGAAUGCCCAAAUUAAAACACAGAGCUGGUGGAGUCAAUGUUGAAAGAAGCAAGGACUCCAGUGACUCUAGCUUUGCCCCGUCUGGUUCGGCUCCUGCAAUUCCUGUAAUUCCUGGUCGUCCAGGUACUACAUCCUCCAUUCCAUCAUUGCCAUCAGGCAGACCUCCAGUACGGGCUCCUCCAAUUCCUGACAGUUCUGCUCCUCCAGCGCCACCACCUCCACCUCCACCUUCUAACUCGGCACCACCUGCGCCUCCUAUUCCAAUAUCUCCUUCACCAUCUUCAUUCGCUCCGUCAAUUCCUAAACUUAGACAUGUAACUCCCAAUUCAGGCCCAUCAGCUCCUUCAGGAGCUCCACCACCACCGCCAUCAGCACCAGCACCUCCCAUUCCUGGUUCUGGUGGUGCCGGCUUCAAGGGACGGUCCGUCAGUUCCUCUAGCAAUACGGUUCCUACUGCCCCUUCUGUGCCGUCAUCUCGUCCUGGCGGUAAACCUCCUGCUCCUAUACCUGGAAAACCAAAGUCAUUGGCAUCCCGGUCGCCAUCAUUGGCCUCUGGGUCAUCCUUCCCAGCAACACCACCUCCUCCACCUCCAGGAUCCUCUUCGUCUUUAAGACCACCGGUACCUGGUGGAGGUACUAGAGGACGGUCUCCAAGUGGAUCAUCUCAGAAUUCAUUCACUCCUCCACCUUCGUCACCAGCUCCUCCGGCUCCCCCUCCACCUCCACCUUCUGCAUCGGUCUCUUCAUCAAGUGCCAACUUUUCUUCUGCUCCACCACCACCGGCUCCUCCUCCUCCCCCUUCUCUGUUCUCAUCGACUGCUACUCCCCCUCCUCCACCACCAGCGCCUCCAUCUUUCUCUUCAUCGGCAGCUCCGCCACCUGCACCUCCUCCACCUCCACCUCCUUCCACUUCCUCUUUUUCAUCAUCAAUAGCACCACCUCCACCUGCUCCAGCGCCUUCUGCUCCAGCUCCACCACCUCCGCCACCUCCACCGGCCCCAGCUUUGUCGACGCCAUCGCAUAUCUCCCCACUUCGCUCGGCGGUUGUGCCCCCUUCUCCCCCACCAGCACCAUCACUUGCUCCCCCACCUCCAUCAUUUGCUCCACCUUCUCCCUCUGCUCCACCUGCUCCACCACCAGCUCCUCCUGUAGCACCUCCUUCCUCGACAGCCCCUCCUCCUCCUGCUUCAUCUCCUCCAUCCACUCCAAGCCAAGGAUCAACGUCUCUCAAUAUCUUUUCACGAAGAACAAUCUCAUCUGCUUCUUCUGACAUUCGAAAGAUUGAUCCUUCGUCAUACACAAUCUCAGCAACUAACGGACGAUCUAACGGAUCGUCUGAGUCUGCUCCGCCUGUUGUGAAGAUUGAUGAUUCGCGAUUUAGAUUCAGGAACCAGAAUGACAUUCCCAAACCACGCAAGUUUGAUGGUAAAACCAAGCUUUAUCCAAGUGGAAGAGGUAGCUCUGUUCCUUUGAACCUAGCAAGCUAUACAUAG